GCCCUCGCCUGCGAUGCCGCGCGCGCCCAGGUGCCGGGCUGUACGCGCCCUGCUGCGGGGCCGCUACCGCGAGGUGCUGCCACUAGCGACCUUCAUGCGGCGCCUGGGGCCCGAGGGCCGGCUGCUCGUGCGGCGCGGGGACCCGGAGGCCUUCCGCGCGCUGGUGGCCCAGUGCCUGGUGUGCGUGCCCUGGGACGCGCAGCCGCCCCCCGCCGCCCCGUCCUUCCGCCAGGUGUCCUGCCUGAAGGAGCUGGUGGCCAGGGUCGUGCAGAGGCUCUGCGAGCGCGGCGCGCGGAACGUGCUGGCCUUCGGCUUCGCGCUGCUGGACGGGGCCCGCGGCGGGCCGCCCGUGGCCUUCACGACCAACGUGCGCAACUACCUGCCCAACACGGUGACCGAGACGGUGCGCAGCAGCGGCGCAUGGGGGCUGCUGCUGCGCCGCGUGGGCGACGACGUGCUCACCCACCUGCUGGCACGCUGCUCACUCUACCUGCUGGUGGCCCCGAGCUGCGCCUACCAGGUGUGCGGGCCGCCGCUCUACGAUCUCUGCACCACCGCCGCGGCUCGGCCUGCCUCGUCCCCCUGCCGCCGGCCCACGCCACACGCGGGCGAGAGCCGGACGGGCCUCCGACCCACGCGCCAGACCUGGAACGGCGGCGACGUGGGGGCCAGGGGACCCCCAGGGCCACCAGCCCGGAGCGGGAGGCGGCGUCGCAUCAGCUCUGGGGGAAGUCCACCUCCAGCCAAGAGGCCCAGGCGUGGCCUAGCCGGGGAGGCGGAGCAGGGGCCCGUCGGGCAGGUGUCCCGGGCGCACCUGGGCAGGGCACGUGGGCCAAAUGACACCGAUCCCCACGUGGUGACACCUAGAGAAACCGCCGUGGAAGCCGCGUCUUGGGAGGGCGAACCGCCGAGGACCCGUCUCCCCGUCCCCCCUCUGCACCGAGAGCGCGAGGCCGGCUCCCCACCCACGCGGCGGUCACCGCGGCCCCGGGGCGCACCCGAUCCCCGAGUGUAUGUCGAGACCAAGCACUUCCUCUACUGCUCUGGCGGCAAGGAACGGCUGCUCCCUUCCUUCCUGCUCAGCUGCAUGCAGCCCAGCCUGGCAGGGGCCCGGAGACUCGUAGAGACCAUCUUUCUGGGCUCGAAGCCCGGGCGGCCAGGGCCUUCCCGCAGGACGCGCCGCCUGCCCGCGCGUUACUGGCGGAUGAGGCCCCUGUUCCGAGAGCUGCUUGGGAACCAUGCGCGGUGCCCCUACGGCGCGCUCCUCAGGGCGCACUGUCCGCUGCGGGGCGUGGCCACCCCAGCAGGGUCCGCUGACCAGGGGUGCGGUGGCGUGGGCGUCAGCGCCCCGGAGAGGCCAGCGGCGGCCCCGGAGGAGGACGCAGGCCCGCGGCGCCUCGUCCAGCUGCUCCGCCAGCACAGCAGCCCCUGGCAGGUGUACGCGUUCCUGCGGGCCUGUCUGUGCCGGCUGGUGCCUGCUGGCCUCUGGGGAUCCAGGCACAACGAGCGCCGCUUCUUGAGGAACGUGAAGAAGUUCGUCUCUCUGGGGAAGCACGCCAAGCUCUCCUCGCAGGAGCUGACCUGGAAGAUGAAAGUGCAGGACUGCGCCUGGCUGCAGAGCCCAGGGGCCCACUGUGUCCCGGCCUCAGAGCACCGGCUGAGAGAGGUGGUCCUGGCCAAGUUCCUGUGCUGGCUGCUGGGCACGUACGUGGUCGAGCUGCUUAGGUCGUUCUUCUACGUCACAGAGACCACGUUUCAGAAGAACCGGCUCUUCUUCUACCGGAAGAGUGUCUGGAGCCAGUUGCAGAGCAUUGGGAUCAGACAACACUUCGAGAGGGUGCAGCUUCGAGAACUGUCGGAAGCGGAGGUCAGGCAACAUCAGGAAGCCAGACCCGCUCUGCUGACGUCCAGACUCCGCUUCGUCCCCAAGCCCAGUGGGCUGCGGCCAAUCGUGAACAUGGACUACGUUGUGGGGGCCAGAACCUUCCGUAGAGACAAGAAGGCCCAGCAUCUCAUCUCGAAGGUGAAGACGCUGUUCGGCGUGCUGAACUAUGAGCGGGCGCGGCGCCCCGGCCUCCUGGGGGCCUCCGUGCUGGGCCUGGAUGACAUCUACAGGGCCUGGCGUGCCUUCGUGCUCCGCGUGCGGGCCCAGGACCCAGCGCCUCUGCUGUACUUUGUCAAGGUGGACGUGACGGGGGCAUAUGACGCCCUCCCUCAGGACAGGCUGGCGGAGGUGAUCGCCAACGUGAUCAGGCCCCAAGAGAACAUGUACUGUGUGCGCCAGUACGCCGUGGUCCGGAGAACUGCAGACGGACACUUCCGCAAGUCCUUCAAGAGACACGUGUCUACCUUCACGGACCUCCGGCCCUACAUGAGACAGUUCGUGGAGCAUCUGCAGGAGAUGAGCUCGCUGAGGGAUGCCGUGGUCAUCGAGCAGAGCUCCUCUCUGAACGAGGCCGGCAGCAGCCUCUGCGAUUUCUUCCUGCGCCUGGUGCACAACCACGUCAUCAGGAUUGGGGGCAAGUCCUACGUCCAGUGUCGGGGGAUCCCCCAGGGGUCCGUGCUGUCCACUCUCCUCUGCAGCCUGUGUUACGGAGAUAUGGAGAACAAACUGCUUUCCGGAGUUCAGCGGGACGGGGUGCUCCUGCGCCUGGUGGAUGACUUCCUGUUGGUCACCCCUCACCUGACACAAGCGAGAGCCUUUCUCAGGACGCUGGUCAGAGGCGUACCCGAGUAUGGCUGCGUGGCAAAUUUGCGGAAGACGGUGGUGAACUUCCCUGUGGACGGCGGCGCCCUGGGUGGCGCAGCCCCCCUCCAGCUGCCGGCCCACUGCCUGUUCCCCUGGUGCGGCUUGCUGCUGGACACUCGGACCCUGGAGGUGUUCUGCGACUACUCCAGUUACGCCCGGACCUCCAUCAGAGCGAGCCUCACCUUCCAGCAGGGCCUCAAGGCCGGCAGGAACAUGCGUCGCAAGCUCUUCUCGCUCUUGCGGCUGAAGUGUCACGGGCUGUUCCUGGACCUGCAGGUGAACAGUCUCCAGACGGUCUUCACAAAUGUGUUCCAGAUGUUCCUGCUGCAGGCCUACAGGUUCCAUGCGUGUGCACUGCAGCUUCCGUUCAAUCAGCCAGUGAGGAACAACCCCUCAUUCUUCCUCCGGGUCAUCUCCGACACCGCGUCUCGCUGCUACGCCCUCCUGAGAGCCAAGAACGCAGGGAUGCCACUAGGGACCAAGGGCGCCUUGGGCCCAUUUCCUCUUGAAGCUGCUCAGUGGCUCUGCCUCCGCGCCUUCCUGCUCAAGCUCGCUCGUCACAGCGUCACCUACAGGCCUCUCCUGGGGGCGCUCCGGGCAGCCCAAGCACAGCUGUGCCAGCAGCUCCCGAGGGCGACACUGGCCGCCCUGGAGGCAGCAGCUGACCCGGCCCUGACCACAGACUUCAAGGCCAUCUUGGACUGAUGGCCGGCCCUUCUCAUAGCCUAGGGUGGACCCCCAGGGCCCUCAAGCCCCAUCCCAUGUGGUUCC